UUACGAAACUUUACAAUCGACGCAAGACGCAAUAAGUGAUCGCACGAGUAACGGCGGAUUCCGAAGGAUCAACAAGUGGUAACCGUACGAGUGAAAACUAGCAUCAAUCCGGAUGAAACAGAAUUAGUGAGCAUCAUCGGGCAGAGAAAUCCGUUUCACUCACCCACAACCAUCAGCAUCAACAACGGCAAACUGCAAUCAUCAGUCAAGUCAGUCUGUGAGAAACCGUCCCCAGGAGCAGCAGCGCCAUCGCAAUGGCAUCAAUAAGAAGCGCAUCAUCAUCAUCAUCGUUCCUCGCGGUGACAAUUACCCUAGUACUAUUACUGGCAGUGCUGACAAUUUGCGGUGAAAUUCAAACUGCAUCCGCCGCUGCUGUCGUCGAUGAUGCGGCGCUAUCGGUCCAUCGCUCGAACGGCGAGCUCUCGGAGCCGAGAACAUUUGGCCGGAUACGAAUGCUGAAGAACGUAAUGCUGCCGCUGAUGUUCCUGCUGGGCGGGAUCAAAAUGCUGCUGUUGUUCCUCGUUGCCAUCUCGCUGAAGACCCUGUUCAUCGCAUCGUCCAUCUUCGUGAUCAACAUCAGUGUCGGUCUGGCGAAGGUGAUAAACUUCUUCAAGCAGGGCCUCGGUGGCCACCACUACAAGGACGCUUGGUCCGGUCAGGACAAGAACGUCCACAUCCACAUCCACUCGGACCCAAGCCAUCACCUGUCGCUGGAAGGUCCACCCCCACCAGGCGCCAUUCACAGCAGUGUCGCUCCGACCAUUCACAGCGCCGUGUUCCCGUACUCCCGGAGCGACGUCAUGGAACCAAUCUACACAGCUCCAGCUCAAAUGAAUCCUUACAACAAGCUGUACAUGCAGGGAUUGCCCAAACAGAACCUACCGUACGCCGGAUGGCAACAGACGGGCCGAAAGGUCCGAUAAUUGGUUUGCGAUCAAGCCUAAUAGACCCUAAAAGAAAUGCCAAAAGAACCGAACCGAGGAUUGCGAUUUGCGAGUGCGAACGUCAAUUGUGUACAGAAGAUAUUCAUCACAGGUUAAGUUAUUUA